CCUAGUCUUGAUGCCUCCAAGAUUUUCGUUAAACAUCUCAUUAAAGUACUAAAAACCAACGAAAAACUCAAAAAAACUGGAGCAGGUUUGGAACCAAAAUAUUAAUUUAUUUAAUCUAAGAUUACCACUACUGUAAAAUCAUUAAUGUGUUAUUGUUUGUAUGAUGUAGACAUAUUAAAUGUUUGCAUUUGUUUUUUGUUUUUUAAAAUUAGUUAUUGAUUAAAUUUAAAAAUUUGACUACAUUUGAAAUAAUUGUACUUAAAAUGUACCUUUAAGAAAUUUAUCUGUAGGCAUAUUCCAGCAAACAGCAAUAGGAGCAAUCGGCAUGAUUCUAGGAGGUGUCGUAGGCGGUCAACGUGGUGUUGCUUUCGGUGGAAUUUUAGGUAUAUCAUAUCUUUCAAUAUCCAUUUUCUUUUUUAAAGGCAAAUAAUUUAAUAAAAUGUAUCAUAACAUUGUUAGAAUAUUUUAUUCCUACUUCCAAUUUUCGUAUAUAUCACAAAAAAUAUUUACUUAAUUUAUUUUUUUGUAUCUCCUUACUGAGGCAUUUUUCUUGGUUACGCAAUAAGUGAUGAUUACCCAUCACUGAUUGAUGUCAUAAAGCGUCUAACAGAUGAAGAGAAAAAAGAGCUAUGGAUGAAGUGUCGGGAACAUUUUGGUGUUGCAACAAGAGAAACUCUGAACACAGUGAUAGACACCGAAGAGAAGAAGGUUGCUUUUCUAAAAUUUCUGAAACGUACCGUAAAGGAAGUUAAACGAACUUGAAGAGGAUGCAGCAAAAUAAUUAACUAGUCGACAAGACGCCUCUGUUAGCAAACUCU